AUGAAUAAAAUUUCAUUACAAACUACUAACAAAUAUGAUAAUAUAUCAGGUUCAAAUCCAUCAUUAAUUACAGCUGGACUUCCUUCAGGUUCAAUAAUGACAACACAUUUAAUUCAACCAUCAUUUACAAUAAAACAAAAUCGUCAUUUAAAUCAAAAUCGAGCAACUGAUACACAACCUAUUACUACAUUAGAUUCUCAACAAAAUGAUAAUAGUCAAUAUACAAUUGUUUCAAAUCAAACUAUAUCCGAUACAUAUUUAAAUCUUUCACGGAAAGAUAUUAAUGAUGUUAUGAUUGCAUUACAUACUCUAGCUAAAUGUAUACGAAUUGAUAUUGAUAAUAAAAAUCAACAAUAUAUUAUUCCAAUCGAUGAUAGUGAAAGUCAUCAAUUAACAAUGCUUUAUUCUAAAAGUACAAAUCAUACUUUAAAAAGUUCUACACCAGCAAAUAGUUCUUCUCAUCAUUAUUGUAAUCCUUUACAUUCGAUUCGAAAUAGACGACAUUCAUUGUCAUCAAAUUGUUGUCAUCAUCAUCAUCAUCAUCAUCAUAUUAAACAUCAUCGAAAUUUAGUUGAUGAUUUUCAACAUGACUUACAUGAUAUGAAACGUAAAGAAGAACGUCGAAUUUUUCAUCAAUUACAAUAUCAUAAAAAACAUUUCAAUCAUCAUAAUCCAUCAAGUUAUCCUUCAUAUAGCUCGAAUGCUAUAUUAUAUAGAUCGACAUGUCGAUCAAAUAAACAAGCAAGACAAAUCUAUCAUUGUUCACAACAAAAUCAAUCAACAAGAAAAAUACCUUCAGAAAAUCUAUAUCAACAAUCAAUCAGAAAUAAACUAUCAUCAUCAAUACCUUUAUCUCCUUAUAUUCUUGAUAAUCUUAUUUAUAUUGAUCAAAAAGAACCUAUUUCUAAUAUACAAAUAGUACCACAACAAGCUCAUACAUUAGAAUUACUUCAAAAUAAUCAUAUACAUAAUAUAAUGUCAAUGGAUUCUCUAGCAACAAAAGAUAUAUUUAUUCCUACAAUAACACCAUAUUAUUUACAAAAAUUAAAUCAUGAUCAAACAUCUGGUAUGGGUGAUCAAUUAAAUUUAAAUAAAAUUGAUGUUGCUACACAAUGGAGUUUACAAAUAUUAUCAUCAUCAAAAUGUAAUACAAAAGAUAUAUCGAAAUCUGAUUUAUUAUCAAAGAGUCAUGAUGAACAAGAAAAUUCUAAAUUACAUAAAACAUCAACAAAUUCGACUAUUCUAACUGAAUUAAGUCAAUCAAUAACAACAAUUGAGACAAAUAAUUCAACAACUAAAAUACCAUCUUUAGUAAAAACACGAUCAUUUAUGAAUAAUUCAUUAUUAAUAAAUGAUUCAUAUAAUAUCAAAGUAAAUAAUGAUAUAAAUGAAAAAUGUUUAGAAAAAUCAUCUUUAACUAUGAAUGAUGAAUAUGAAUUAACAAAAAGUGAAACGGAACGAUUCUUAACAAAACUUAAUAUUCCAACAUGUAAAUGUUCAACUAAGAAAUUAAAAACACUAAAUACAAAUAUAAAACAUUCAUCUAUGGAUGAUAAUAUUACACGUAUUUCACUUGACAAUGAUUCAUCAAUUUGCUCAUCUUCAUUAUCAAAUAAGAAGAAAAUAAAGCAAACAUCAAUAAAACUCUCAUCUAAACGACCUCGUCAUCAUACAACAAAAUCAUCUAAAAAUAAUCAAACAAUAAAACGGUCACGUACCCAUUGUCGUUCUCAAUCAAAUAAUCAAUCAAUUACAAUAAUUCAAUCAUCUAAACAACCAAGUCCAAAAGAAGAUUCUUUUUCUGAUUUUUUCGAUAUUGAUACAACAUUUUUCGAUGCAUACGAUCGAUUAUUUUCUGAUACAAUAACAUCAUAA